AUGGAGGACAUGGAGGAUGACAUAGCUGUUAUAGGGCUCGGAUGCAAUUUUCCAGGAGGCGAGGGGUUGGACAGUUUCUGGAGGGUUCUGUUGGAGGGAAAGAACUGUGUUGCAGAUGUCCCAGCUGAGAGGUUUGACACCACCUUUUGGUACGAUGCUGAUUUGACAAAACCUGGAAAAACGCAGACUAACAAAGCAGCUUUUAUAGAGGGGUUUAAUGAGUUUGAUCAUAAGUUCUUUGGUAUAACUGAGCUGGAGGCUGAUUUCAUGGAUCCUCAGCAGAAACUGCUCCUACAGUGCACAUACAGGGCACUAGAGGAUGCAGGGAUCGCCAUGGAAAGCAUCAGCGGGAGCAGAACCGGGGUUUACAUCGGCCUUAUGAACAGGGAUUACGAGAUGAUCAGAAAUAACAGUCCAGACACAAUAACCCACUACAAUGGCACCGGGACAGCCAUGAGCGUUGCAGCCAACAGAAUUUCCUUCAUAUUCAAUCUCACUGGCCCCUCAUUUGCCUUAGACAGUGCCUGCUCCUCUUCCUUAGUGGCCCUGCAUGUAGCCUGCCAGGCUAUAAAGCAAGGAGACUGUGAGAUGGCACUGUGUGGAGGGGUUAACUGUAUAAUAGAGCCACGGGUGUUUGUAGCUCUCAGUAAGGCCAGGAUGAUCUCACCUGAGGGAACCAGCAAGCCUUUCUCCACCAGAGCAGACGGCUACGGCAGAGGGGAGGGCUGCGGCGUGGUAAUCCUGAAGCCUCUCAACAAGGCAAGAAGAGACUGCAACAAAAUAUGGGGUAUCAUCAGCAAAACUGCACUCAACCAAGAUGGACACUCAGUCACUCCAAUCACCAAACCGUCCAUGACACAACAAGAAGACCUGCUGCGAAGAAUUUACUCAGACUGUGACAUUGCAAACGUCCAGUACAUAGAAGCCCACGGGACUGGAACCACCGCUGGAGACCCAACAGAGGUGAGAAGCAUCUCCAACAUCAUCGCUAGAGCCAGACCUCCAGAUUCAGAGACGCUGCUGGUGGGGUCUCUGAAGGGCAACAUUGGACACACUGAGUCUGCAGCUGGAGUGGCUGGACUCAUUAAAGUACUCCUUAUGAUGAAGCAUGAGACCAUUGUCCCAUCAGUUUUCUACUCCGAGGACAGCUCAAGUGUAGACACAAAAGCCCUGAAUUUAAAUAUUCCGAGUAAAGUUGAAAAAUGGUUGGCAAGUGGUUCUCUUGGAAGAGUAGCUGGGAUUAACAGCUUUGGGUUUGGAGGCACAAAUGCUCAUGUGAUUCUAAGACAGCACAAUCACAAAGUACGUCCCACAAAAGUUUGGCCAAAACUCUUUGUAUUAUCUGCAGCCUCUGAGAAAUCGUUGAUUAUGACCAUCGCUGACACUCAUCAAAGACUUUGCAGCAAUCAAACAGCUGACCUGCAGGCGCUUUUAUACACCUCAGCCUGCAGGAGAAGUCAUCACAAACACAAAUAUAGGAAAGCCUUUCCAGCGUCUUCCCUCCAAGAUUUACAACACCAGCUCACAACUGCACUGAAAACAAAGGUUGAGCCUGUAAAGUCUGAAAUGCAGGUGGUCUUUGUGUUUUGUGGAAAUGGAGUCACCUACAAGGGCAUGUGCAGGCAGCUCAUGAGAGAGGCUCCUGUUUUCGCAGAGAAAGUUAGAGAAGUGGAGAGCAUCUUUCAGAGCCAUACACCCAUCUGUAUCAGUAAAUUGCUUUCUGGUGAGUGUGAUAAUGGUGAUUUCAGCCAACCACACGUCAUCCAGCCUCUUCUUUUUGCGGUUCAGGUUGGCAUCGCUACCCUGUUGAAGCACUGGGGAAUCAAACCCGACACCGUGCUCGGCCACUCUGUCGGCGAGGUUGCUGCUGCUCACUGCUCGGGUCUCUUGUCUCUAGAGGAGGCCGUUAAAGUGCUGUACCACCGCAGCGUUCUCCAGAGCAAGGUUACAGGAGGGAAAAUGCUUGUGGUUGGCAACGUGGCUGUGGAAAAGGUUUUAGAAGUUCUUCCAUUAUUAAAGAGUGAGGUUAGUGUAGCUGCUUUCAACAGCCCUCAGUCAUGCACUCUGUCAGGAAGCGCAGAUGCUGUAGAUGCGAUCCAUGAGCAGCUGAAGCUCACGUUUGCACACAAAAACCUCUUUCUCCAUGUCUUAGAUGUUCCAGCAGCUUACCAUAGCCCCAUGAUGGAUCCAGUUCUUGAUGACAUAGAGAGAAGCAUCAAUCGUUUGAAUGUCAACAACACAGAGUGCAAACUUUUAUCAACAGUGACAGGAGAAAGGCAUUCAGAUGCUGAUUUCAUUUCUGGCUCUUACUGGGCAAAAAACAUCCGCAAGCCUGUUCUGUUUGAGCAAGCGCUCCACGCUACGGUCAAAGACAUGCAGUCCAAGGGACAUGUGGUGUUUGUAGAGAUUGGACCUCGAAGAGCUCUGGAAAAGUACAUACAGGAGACUCUUGGGAAAGACACCCCAGUUCUCCAAUCUGUACAGCCAGAUUUUGACACCAUUUCCUCGACUGUGGCCAAGGUGUUCGAACUUGGUGUUAAUGUGGACUGGAGUCACCUCUACAAGGGUUGUGAGUCAACACCUACAGAUUUUCCAGUCUAUCAGUUUGACAACAUCAAGAAAGAUGGGAAUUUUGAGGCUCUGAGAAACAGCCAUGAAUCAUCCUCUUUGGCUCACCAUGCGCUCAUUUCCCAAAUAAAGCAAGAAAGCAAAGAAUUAGUGUGUAACCUCUCUCUGAAGACAAUGCCGUAUCUCUGGGAGCAUAAAAACAAUGGGGUUGCCAUUGUACCUGGAGCGUUCUACGUUGAACUGGCCUAUGCGUCUGUGAUGGCAAGCCUGAAGCCAAAGAAACCAGUUUCUCUGCUCUGUCUGAGUGUUGCAUUUGAGAGUCUGCUCCCUCUCAACUCAAACCGCCAACAGCUGAAGGUGAUACUUGAACAUUCAGAGAGCGAGGGGUCAUUUAAAAUACAGUCUUCAGUUGCAACACAUGCAUCUGGUACAUACAGGUGCACAGAUCAGCAAACAGCAUUAGAGGAAGCAACCAUUUGUCUCAAAGCGAUAUCCCAAAGGUGCAAACUGGUUAUGACUAGACGGGAGAUCUAUUCAGUCCUGUCUCAGGCAGGGUUUGAGUAUGGCCCUCUUUUCAAGCAGCUCGAUUGCGUGCGUUUUGGGAAAGAAUUCAAGGAAGCUGUGACAACUUUUCAAGUCCCUGCUGAACUUCUGAAACUUCUUCAUGAGUACUUCAUUCACCCUGUGAUACUUGAUUAUUUCAUGCAAAUGACUGCUGUGGUAGCAAUGGGACAGCUAGCAGUCAAGCAGGGAUUCCCAUCAGGCAUUGCGAGUAUCGCCGUGUCAGGAUCCCUCCAGAAGGAAAUGGUGAUGUACUUGCGGGCAACUCAAGAAACCCAAGACUUUCUUGAUGUAUGUGGUUGCUUUUCUACCUUAGAAGGGAAUGUAUUGGUGGAACUUAAGGGGGUGAGGAUUUCAUUUUUGGACAACUGCUUGAAUGAUCCUCAGUCGUUGUUCUUUCAUAAUGAAACAGUCGCAGUUGCAGAUGUGAUAGACUUGCAAAGUUGCAAAAUAAAAGCAAUUGUUUUUGAGGAUGAACUGUGCAUUGGUAAACGGCUAAGGCCCUACAUGAGCUUAGAGUCCGUCUUUGUUGCGAGCAGAGAGACUCUAACGGCAGACCAGGUUAGAAACUUAACGGUCAACUUGCUGAACAGCAAUAAACAUUUGAAGAACAUUCUCUUCCUUUGGGGUGUAGAAGACCUCAGUCACUUGUCAUCUGAGAAGAUUCUGGACCGCUUAGUGACUUGUUGUGAGAUAUUUCGCCAGAUUGUUUUAGUUGUAAAGGCGAGCAAACGCUCCUGCGUUAUCAGGGUCAUCACGUACAGAUCCACCGACAUGACUGUGGACCAUGUGAGUCCUGGCUUUGUUCUUUCUGGAAUGACAAGGGCUUGUGCAGUAGAGAUGUCAGAUCUUUCCUUUCAGCUGAUUGAUCUUGCUUCUGUGACCAGUGAAGACAUUCAGAUGUUAGCUCAUGUGAUUAAAACCUACAAGCAACAAGACAUCAGGAUCAGUAAAGGGCAGGUGUUAGGAACAAGAAUAGCACGAACCCCUCUGAUAGACACAGGUUUGUGUGACGGUGAGAGAUGCUCUGAGCAUCUGACAGAGUUCGUCCUGCAGACUAGUGAUCCAUACAAAAUGACUAACUUGUCUGCCAUUGCUGCCGACACAGGUGGAAGUCCUGUCCAAGGGGAUUUGGUUGAAAUUCAGCUCACCAAUGUGUGCGUGCAUUCAUCAGACUACUUUCCUGUUAGCACUUCCCAUCUGAACUUCGGAAGAACUGUGUAUUGGAAUAAGCAUGCUUCACAGAAUCACAAACUUCUAGCGUUGGAUUUUAGUGGAAUUGUCACAGCUGUUGGGAAAGAUGUUCAGAAUAUAAAAGUAGGAGACCAUAUUGCCUCAUGUUAUCCAGCAACCGCUACAGCAAAGCUUCUGAUUCCUGAAGCCGUGUGUUACAACACAACGAUGCUUCCCUGCCUUAGAGAGACUCCGUGUGUGUCUUACUUCAUACUGGCGUGGGAAGUCCUGCAGAGACUGUUAUCUGAAGUGAAAAAACAGCCCAGAAAGUUGGCAGUUAUAUCUUCAAACCCAGCCUCUGCUCUGACGAAGGUUUUAGCUUUGAUGGCGAGCAGGUCAGGCUGGCAUGUUUCCUCUUGGUCUUUCUGCGGGCAGCAACCUCGACAUUUUGAUGCCUUUGUUUUUCUGCCACCAUUCGAUUACUCCUGGCAGGAAGUGUGUGACAGUGAUGGCCCUCUGAAACACAUUGUUUUUGUGUGCAACAGUCACCUGCCACCCUCAGUCUCUAGUGUGUUUACACAGCGUAAUAAUCGCAUUCAUAUGCACACACUUUACAUGGUUAAUGUUCUCCAGAAAGCUAAUCUAGAGGCACGAAGCAGAAAUAUCUCCAGCUGGCUACUGUCGUUAGGCUUUGAUAGAUUAUCUCUACCUCUGAGAAUGGCGCUGCAUCAAGAGUCUGCAUCUGAGUCCUAUUUCACGACAAUAAAAGUUCAGCAAGUUGUUUUAAAGCAUAAUGGGCUUGAAUGUCUGGUGUCUGACAUUCCUUUGCUCACACGACCUGUUAAACUCUUCAAACAGGGCUGUGUUUACAUUGUUACUGGAGGACUCUCUGGUUUGGGGCUUGAGACCGUCAAGUUUAUAGCCAGUAAUGGUGGAGGAUGCAUUGCAACGCUGUCAAGAAGUGUAAAGUCUGAUGCAGUGCAGUUUGAAUUGGAUCUCCUCCAGAAAACAUGUAGCGUUUCCAUCAUAAACAUCCAGUGUGACGUUUCUGUGCCAAUGCAGGUGACAGAGGCAAUCACUACAAUUGGACAAGAGUUCCCGUCUUGUCCCAUCAAAGGAGUGUUUCACAGUGCUGCAGUGCUGCAUGACGCACUGAUCGACUCCCUCAACGAAUCUCUUUUCAAAAAGGUGCUGCAGCCCAAAGUCGGUGGCGUUCUUAAUCUCCAUUAUGCAACUCUUCACAGUAAGCUGGACUUCUUUGUGUGCUAUUCUUCCAUCUCAUCAUUCAUAGGCAACGCCUCGCAGGGUAACUACGCCGCUGCCAACUCUUUCCUCGACACUUUCUGUCACUACAGGAGAAACCUUGGGCUCACUGGGCAGUCUAUCAACUGGGGUCCUUUGAACCUUGGUCUGCUGCAGAACAAAGACCACUUCCAGAGGUUUUUGGAGGCCAAAGGGAUGAUGAUCAUGGGUGUGCGUGAAAUACAUGAUACACUUAAAACGUGUCUCUUAAUGAACAGACCGCAACAAGUCAUUUGCAAAUUCAAUUUCAAAAAUCUUAACGUCCAUGUCCUUUCUCAGAAUGUGUCACUUCGGGAGCGACUGUCAGCUUUGGUGGAAAAGGAGGUCAAAGAUGACUUGUGUAAGAAAGCCAAAGUUCAACAUUUGUCUUCCACCCGUGAUAGUGUGAGGACGGUUGUCAGUGACAUACUCAAUGUUACUGCACAUGAAGUGGAUGAUGAAUCCUCCCUGGGUGCGCUGGGUAUCGACUCCAUGUUGGCUAUGACUCUGCAGAAUAACAUUUUCCAGGAGACAGGAGUUAAUGUACCUUUGGUUUUAAUAUUAGACCCCAACAGUACACUUGCUACUUUAGCAAAUGCUGUCCUGAACCAUGGAUGA